AUGGAUGGCAGCUCUAAAGAGAUAUUACUGAAUAAUAAAGAUUUUAAUAAUAGCAGUAUUUUUUAAAGCAAUGGAGGAGGGAUUUAGUUGAAAGUUGCGGAUAAAUAGUAGGAAGGCAGAUAGCAUUUUAUUAAUAUUAUAGCUCCUCCAUUAAUACCUGAUGAGCAGGCAGAAAAGAAAGAUAACUAGAAUAAACAAACAAUUGAUCAAUAAAAUGAAAAGUAAAUUUAGGGAACAAUGUAGACACCAAUAGAUUUGAAUGAAAAAUAAAUAUCUCCUAGUAAUUAGAGCGAUUCAAAUAAACUUUUAAUAAAUCCAAGUUAACCAAGAAGACGCUCUCUUUUUGGUUUGCAGUAUGAUAAAGAGGUAAAAGAGAAAAAGAAAAAAAGGAAUUCAAAGAAAAAAGUAACUUAUCAGUCAACUAACAGCAAAAAAGAUAGAAAAAGGUCAACAUUGGUGAAAGAUGAUGACUUCAGGGUAGAUGAUACAAAUGGAUCAAAAAGUAGGAGAAAACUAACCAAUAACAUUUUAGAAUAGCAGCUGAAGAGAUAGUAGACAUUGCUUGCUGAAGCAAAGGUAGAACAAAACGAAAAUGAAAACUAUUAAGAUAGGGAUUAGGAUGCAAGCAGAGGUUAAAACAAGAAAAAAAGCAAUAAAUCAAUUAGUUAGUCAAAUUAAAAUCUAACUUCAACAAAUCAAAACGAAAACACAAAUGAUUUAGCUAGUAAAAAAUCUGUGUAAUUAAAACAAACUUCUAAAACUCAAAAUCCUUAUGAUGAUUUUACGCUUGAAGACUUAAAAAUUUUGUAGGAUACAAUUUAAAUUAAUAGGCAAGAACUAGAAAAGGAAUUAACCGAAAUUCAAUAGCAAAAAUAGAUUAAAAAAUAAAUUACUUUAUAACCUUAAGUUGCAAGAAAAUGGGAAAAAGUUAAAAAUUAAUUGAUGGCUUUUACCAUGAUGAGGAAGAUUUUCAACGAUAUUAAAAAAUAUGGAACUUCAAUGCAAGCACUCAGCAUUUCAGAUUAAGUAAUAGAGAAAUGUAGAGAUUUGUUAGAAAAAAAAUAAGAAGAAAAGCAAAUAAGAAAAUGCUUAUUUUAUCCAGAAUCUUUUAUUUUAAAUGUUUGGGCUUCUAUAAUCUUUCUUUUGUACUGUUUCACUGCUAUUUACAAUCCUUACUAAAUAUUUUUUAAGCCAAAUGAUGAAAUUAUAAAUAAUUCAAUAGACGUAUAAACUGUAAACUAUUCACUUGAUUUCCUCUUUCUUUUGGAUAUUAUUGUCAAAAUGAAUACAGCUGUUAUUACCAGUGCAGGUGAAAUUAUUGAAAAUAGAAAAUAAAUUAUUAUAAGAUAUAUUAAGGGAUCAUUUUUCUUUGAUUUGCUAUUAGUCAUCCCAUUUCAAAUUCUUGGAAUAUUAUUUCCAGUCCUUGAUUAGUAGAUUAUAAAAACUCAAUCUUACAAUAAAAUAUUUCGUAUUAUAAGAGUACCCUUUUUAAUGAGCUAAAUCUCCCUUGACUAAAAAAUAUUUGACUACUUUAAAAUUUAAACUACCAUUUAGAGGUUGAUAAGAUUCUUUUUCGCUGUUGCAUUCAGCAUUCAUAUUGUAGGCUGUCUUUGGGUAUUUGUUGCUCGUAUCUAGUACUACGACAGAAAUACUUGGAUCAAUGAAAACGAUAUUUAACUCAGUGAUUCCACAAAAGUGUACCUUUUUUCUAUUUAUUGGUGCUUGUAAACAUUAGCAACAGUUGGUUUUGGUGAUAUUCAUGCUUCAAAUAAUGCUGAAAUCGUUUUUAGCAUUUCUUGGAUGAUUAUUGGGGUAGGAUUUUAUUCUUUCGCAAUUGGUUAAAUUUCCAAAAUGUUUACAAAUUCAGAAAACAGAAAAUAAAAGCUAACAAACUCAAUUUAUAUUAUGGAUGAGUUUUGCACUUAGACUAAUCUGCCUAAACACAUAAAAGAUAAAAUAAGAAAAGCUUUACAAUAUUCUACAAAUAAAAGUCUUUUAAGUAGCACAGAAAAAGAAGAUUUUUUUGAUUCUAUUCCUACGAAAUUGAAAACUAAUCUAGCUUAAGGUAUGUUUAAAGGCAUGAUUACAGAAGUACCGUUUUUAAAGAAUAAAGACAGCUUCUUUUUAGCAAAUUUACUACCUAUGUUAUAACCACUUAAACUAUCUAAAGGUGAUUAUGUAUACAAGAAAGACUCAUAUCCAAAUUUAGUUUAUUUUAUCAUUGAUGGGAAGGUUAAUUUUCUGAUUGGGCCUAAUGAUAUGGUUUUUAAAUCCUUUUUGGCUGGUUCUUAUUUUGGUGAAAUAGAAAUCUUUCAUUAGUGCUUGAGAUUAUUUAAUGUAAGAUGUGAAUCAAGUUGUGAGUUUUUAACGCUUGAUAGAGAUUAUUUUGGUGAAUUAAUGGAUAAGUUUCCUUAAGUUGAAUAAGAAAUGUUUGAGAUGGUUCAACUUAGACAAGAACUAAUGAAUUAAUCUCUUUAAAAAAUAGAAAUGCUCCUCCCUUUAAAAGAAACUGAUAAUUUCUGGAAAAAUGCUUAGAUGAAGUCUUUUGCUGAAAUACUUAAUCAUAGAAGAACACAUUCGUUUUUAAAUCAAGAAGAGAAUAAUUACAGCAAAAGUUUAAAUAUUCAAUUAGAUGAUCAAAAAAAUAAUUAAUUUAUCAAUAGUAAUUUUAAGAGUAAUUUAAACACUCUCUCACCAUUAUAUGCAAUGCAAGCAAAUUAAGAUGUUGAUAAGAAGUUUUCUGAAAACUAAAAUAUAUCAACAUCUCAAUCUCCCAUCUUACCUGAAGUAGCUUAAUUAACUGCUCAUGAAGCUUAAAAUAAGAAAGUGUUUAGUUACGAAAAUACUGCACACAAUCAAAAUCCUUUAAGUAAAAUUAACGAAAAUAUUAAUGGAUAGCAAAAAGGUUAGCCAAGUAUUGAGAGAGUAGAAUCUUUAACAUCAAUUGGAUAGCAACAAUUUGAUGAAGUUAAUCCAAAAAGCAUUACAAUUUUUAAGAAAUCUAAAAUUGAAUACAAUCAGCAAGCAAGUGGUGGAAGUAGUGCAAGUAGCAGAAUAAAUAUAAAUAAUGAUUCUCCAUCUCAGUCAAACUUACCAGUAGUUCAAUCAACGAUGAGCUUGAAAAACAAUAACUUAGUCUUGAAUGUCUUCAAUGAAAAACAAGAGCCAAUGUUAGUCGAAGUUUACGAAGAAGAAGUUCAGCAAACAAAGCUACUUUAAUCAACAUCCACUUCAUCAAUGAAAAACUUAAAUGAGCCACAAGUGCAUAGCGAAAAUGAAAAUGCAUUAUUAGAUAGAAACAAUAGUAUAAAGAGUUAAGGAAACAUUAAAAAAAUUUAGCAAAAAUAUGGUGUGAGCACUCUUGAUAGAAUCGAAGAAAAAAACUCUCAUAUUGAUUAAGAAAAUUUGUCCAAUUCAUAUAUAACCAAUGAAAUUGUUCCUUCUUUUACUUCUUUUAGCAUGAAAAAUGAAGGAAAUUAUGAAGUCAAUUUAGAAAAAAAAUAGUCAUUAAGCAGAAAUCUAGCAAAUCAGAGAAGAUCAAGUUUAGGAACCUAAUUUUUAACUUAGAACAGCAUAAAACAAAUUAAUUAAAAUAAUGAACUUGAUCUCUCUGUAGGUUCAAUAAAAUAGAAGCAGAAAGACAAAAGCAAUCAAUAAGAUGUAAAAAAUCAUCACCAAUUAUAAGAAAAAUCAGACAGUAAUGUACUUCUUAUCCAACUUAAGAAAGAUUCAAUAAUAGAAAAUGCUAAUUUGCUUGAUGAGUUAUUAAUGAAUGAUUCUUUAAAUUAAAAUAAUCAAAAAUAAAAAAGUCAAAGCUUUCUUGAUGUUAAUAAAGAUUUUUUGCAAUAAGACAGCAUUAAGAAUAAAAAUCUUUUAAAAAAAUAAGAAACCAUAUAAAAAAAUAAUAAUUAAGAAAUGAAUAAAAAAGAUUAAGAAAAUACUAAUGAUUUUACUGAAAAAAUCGUUUCAAUUUCUUAGUAAACAACUUAAUAAAUACCUUAAAAAUAAUCUGAAAUUAGUGAAUAGUCCAUUAAAAAUUUCUCUAAUUUUUCAGAAGCAAUUUUACUUAAGAAAUCAGAUUCUUUGAAUUAUAACAUUACGGAUUCCUAAAAGCUUGCUAUUUCUGAAGAUUAGAGUUUUAAAAUAAAUAUUUCUGAUGACAAUAACUAAGAAUAAAAGCUUUCUCAGUAAAAAUAAAGCAACUAAAAUUCAUAAAGUAAUUCUAAACUUCUGAAUAGGAGAUAAGAUACUUUAAAGCUUCAAGAAAGCAAUGAAGAAGAGGAACACACUUCAAAUAAGAACAUCAUAUUUUCAGAUAGAUUAGAUAAAAUAUACAAUAAUGUCAAUAAAUCGAUUACUUCUAUCAAUCUAAAAGUGUAAAAAUUAUCCAGAAAGGAAACUUUAAGUGUAACUUCCUCAAAAAAUAAAUCUUUGCAAGAAAUGGUGAUGAUUGAAACCUCACCUGAGUAAACUCCAGUAAACAAGAGAACAAAAAUUAGCUUUUAAACAAGAGUAAGUAAACCUACAUAAAUAACAUAAAACAGUUUCCACACUUUAGUGUUGGAUAAACCAUAAAACGAAUUAUAAGUAAAUAGAAGAAACAAUUUUCAAAGAUUUUAAAAGACUUAGACAGUAAUAAACACAGAUAGCGAUGAAGAUAAAAAAUUGGAUCUCAAGAAUUUGAGAUAAACAAAAACAAUAACUAAUUUUGCUGAUAUUGGUGGUAUUAAUGAAACAGAUGCAGAAGAGCCAAUAAAAAAUAAUUAAUCAAAUAAAAAUGAUUUCGACAUAUAAUCUCUUCACCAUUUAUCCAAAAAUGAGUUUGUCUCUCCUUAGAGUAACCCAGAAUCUCCACCUCAAAUUUACAAUAACAUAGAAGAUUUAGAUUUGUUAGACACUAACAUAAAGGAAAAGAAUAAAGAAGUUCCAAAUGAAAAAGCAUUAGAAAGAAAAAGGAAAAAAAUAGAAUUUGUUUCUAAAAAAACUAAAACAAAAGACAUGAAGCAACAAUAAAAAGAAAACAAUUCUAAAAAUUUAAAAAUAAAGAUUUCUAAUAAAAAAGAAUCAAAAGAGAGAAAAAAGAAAAAUAAUUUUAUAUCUAAAUUUAAUACUUCAUAUGAAGCAGAUAGCCAAGACUAAAAAAAACAUAUUGAAAAAGAGACUUAAUAAAAUAAAAAAUAAAAAACUAAAAAGAAAAAAUCAAAAGCUAAGAAAAUUAGUGAAGAAAAUAACUAAAAGUUUGUUGAUGAUAAGCAUCAAUUAGAUAAAGAAAACAAAGAACAUGAAAAGAAAUCUUUAAACAAUAUUACAAUUCAUACAGAACAUACAAGUAAAAACAGAAGUUUAAACUCACUGAAUAUCAACGAUAUGAUGAAACAUAUUGUUCAUGAGGAUGAUGAUCAUCAUUUCCACAUUGAAAGAAUUAUGAAAACAAGAUAGAUAUAUGGUAAACUGACUUCUUCAAAAGAUUUUGAUUCAAGUGAAAAGAGAAACAGAUAAAACGAUGGUGAUGUUUCAUCAUCUUCUUCAUCAACAAGAAAAAAUAAAAAUAAUCAUGAUAAUAAAGAACCAAAACUUAAACUCCCAAACUUAGAAAUGUUGAGGAGAGAAAGGAGACUAAAAAAAUCUUAAACAAACUAAUUUGAAGAUAGAAUCAGGUUAUUAAAAAAGAUGGGGUCUAUUUAAAUUUCUCCUAACUCGCCUUAAGUUGAGAAGUAUAAAAUGUCAUACAGCCAAAGCAUCUUAAGCCCAAUAAUGAAUAAAAAUUCGAAUAUAGACAAUCUUAAGAAUAAAAAUAUUUAAAAUAUAUCUUUUUCAGACAUGGUUCAAAGCAUUAAUUCAAAACCUUAAAGCGUAGACAAGAUCUAAGAAAAAGAAGGAAAUAAAUCAGAAAAAUAAGCGAAGCUUAAUAUUAGCAAACAUGGAGGAAGAAACUAAUUCAGUGAUUCUGAUGCAAUAAAAAAAAAAGUAAAAAAAAUAACAAAAGCAGCUGUAGAUAAAAAGGAAAAUCAAAGGAUGGAGAAAACAAAAGAAGACUAAAUGAAAAAUAAAUAUCACUAAAAAGAGAUUAAAACUUUAAAAUAAAACGUGAGUAAAAUAUCUCAUAAACUUGAUUCAAUUACCUAUUAAUACGAGAACAUUAUCAAUUUAGUUUCUACACUAACUACUAAGCUAAAAAUCGUUCAAAGGUAAUAGCAACAGGAAGAAGAAGAAAAAAUUAAAAAUCAAUAAAUUAAUAACAAAAAAAUGCCAAUAAUUAUAAACAGAAUAAAUAAAUCUCCAUUGUCUUUGAAAGAAAUGGAUGAUAUAGAUAAAAUACUAGAUGAUCUUCACGUUUUAAGUCACAAAGAUGUUCUUAAUCCACUCACUAUGAGAAGAAGGAAGAGCUCUUCAGAUAGCUAAUCAUAAGAAUUCAGUGAUAAAAAGUAGAACUUCUUAUCUAAAAUCGAUUAAAAAGGAAUUAAAGAUUUUAUUUUAGAAAAUUGA